GAAAAAGGGUGAAAGCUGAAGAGGUCCAACUGUCAAGGUCACUGCCUCACACGGCGUCAAACUCUGACAACUAAUCACAGCUCAGGAGCCAUAUGGAGUAAAAGUCAGCUCUGGCACAGGUCAACAUCCAGUCAUGGCAUCAAGGAUCAUCCAGUCAUGGAUGUGAAGACAUCUGAACAUCUACAGUGAAGGAUCAAACAAUUCGACGCUAAAUAGCACAGAGUGUAAGGAUGAGAGAGAAGACAUCUGUCGGCGUCCCAAACGUACAAGCCAGAGCCAUAUUCAAAUUCUUCCCCAUGUGAAAAUCACCUCAAACCUCAGGAUGUCAAUCAGUGCUGGGGAUUUGCCCAACAUCAGUGUCUCACUUCUCCAUGACAUGUUCAAUUCCUCCUCACAAUCUUCCCCUCCCUCCACCACACCUCCAUCUUGCAGCAUCGAUGAGUCCUACAAGUACAUCUUCCUCCCCAUCUGUUACUCUUUCACGUUCAUCUUCAGCAUCCUACUCAACUCUGUUGUCCUCUACCGUUCCUUCCGCCAGACCAAGCGCUGGAACGCCUCCCUGAUCUACAUGGUUAACCUGGCCUCUACGGACUUCAUGUAUGGCCUGUCGCUGCCGUUCCUAGUGGCCAGUUACAUCAUGCGUGACCGUUGGAUCUUUGGGGACUUCAUGUGUCGCCUAGUCCGUUUCCUCUUCUACUUCAACCUCUACUGCUCUAUCUUUUUCCUCACCUGCAUCUCUGUCCACAGGUACCUUGGUAUCUGCCACCCGAUGAAAGUCAUCUCGCUGGAGACUAAGAAGGCCGUCAAGUGCACUUGUGUCCUGGUUUGGAUUGUGGUCUUUGCUCUGACCUGCCCCAUUUUCCGGUUUGCUCAGACUGGUCAUGUGACAAGACUGGGAGGAGUUGGCGCCACUGUAAGUGAUAGUGACAACCCCAGCUACGAGAUGUCCCUGAUUAAUGGUAAUGGAAGCCAUGGUCAUUUAGGAGGUAUCAUUGAGGAGUACCAGAACUGUUGGGAUGAUGCCAUAGAUAAGGAGUUUGCUGAUUACGUGCCCUAUGGCAUCAUACUCCAUUUGCUGGGCUUUUUUGUGCCUUUUUCCAUAAUUGCUUGGUGUUACUCUCAUGUCGUUCUGACUAUAUUUAGAACGCUGCACUCACGGCCCUCAUCUCACAGAGGUCCGAGAGGGGGAGGGCAUGAGGGAUUGGAGAAAAGGGAGAAAGCAAGCUCUGCAAUUUUUGGGAAAGAAAGAAAAGGAAGCAAUGGGAUAUCAAGAGCAGUGAGAAGAGAUGAAGGGAUAUCCAUUUUCCUUGGUGCCCGCUCCCCAUAUGCCAACCGCAGACGCAAAUCCAUCAAAACCAUUAUCACCAUCACCUUCCUCUUUGCUCUGUGCUUCCUCCCCUUUCAUGUCACCAGAACCAUAUUCCUUCUGUUGAAAGUGACAAAGAGAGUCCCCUGUCAAACCAUGACCAUGGUCUCCAUGUGCUACAAGAUUACAAGGCCUUUGGCGUCAUUCAACGCAUGGCUCAACGCCCUCCUUUACUUUCUCACUAAAGACAAAGGGGGAGCCCACUGCUGCCAGACUGUGGACAGCAACACACAACAACAACAACAUGGCGGCCUUCUGCUGCCACUGAGGAUGAUGGGAAAAGGAGAGGAUGCAGAGGAUGGAGGGAGAGAAGAUGGGAUGGACAAUAGGGAGAAAAAAGCAUUGCACAACAGUCCGUCAUACACAAACAGAGCAAAAGUCAGAUAUAUAGUGGAUAUAGAAAAGUGACAAAACAGAAGGAAUUGUGGGUGAACUAACAGAUGCCUUUUACUGGAAAAGAAAGUAUAAUAUGAGCAUUGUAGCAGAGAUUAAAAGAGUUUUUUUGAAGUGUGGUUGUAUGAGGGACUGGCACAUAGUCAGUGCUGACUUUGCCAUCACUGCUGCUGGAAACCAGUCUGAGACACAUUGCUCUCUCACUAAAACAUAGCUCAUAGCAGGUACACAAUAUCAGAUUUUUGCCACGUAACUAAAGACUCACCAAACAAAAGGUGACCACAGCCAUGGAAAAACCAGAAACAAGUAGGCUGAGGGACAUUUUGAGUUAUUUACAGAUUAUGAAUGUUUGAUUUCUAUGCUUUUCAUCAAUGCCUAACAUUAAAUAUUUCAAGAAGAUGUGGCCAUUUGAAUGCAGGCUCUCUUCAAACUGCUUUAGGGAGAAUUUUAGCUUCAAAUACCUUCUGGGUGCCAAGAGACAGAAUCAUCACAUUUACAUAGCCCAACCCGCUCCUGGUCUAGCUGUCAGUGAAAUCAUGCCUCUCUGUAUGUGCUACUUCUCAUUACAGAAACAGGAGCACAGAUACUAUUUUGUGAGCUACACUGCUACACAGAACAAUACAUAAAACAAUAUUAAAAAUACCUAAGAGUUAGA